AGCAGUUGUAGAGCUAAGACGUGCCUUGAAAAAAUAGCAAUAAAUUCGCGAGACAGAAGUGAAUUAAUUUAAAAAAUAUAUAUAAUUAUCAAUAGUAGUAUUGGUUGGAUAUUGACCAUACCACAUCUGAAUAUUUAUGUACAUGCAUGCGAAUGCAGUUUUGAUUAAAAAGAGCUUUUUACACAACAAACUGGAUUAAUUAAAAAAUUGUAGAGUGAGUGAGAUAGAGAGAAAAAAUUUCGCAAAAAGUGCAGUGCAGUGAAAAAGCUAGAAAAAAAGUGAAAAUUAAAAUUCAAUUUUAAGAAAAAAAGAAGAAUAAAAGUUUGUGAUUUUAUUGAUUGACAAUUAAGGAAGAAGAAGAAGAAGUGCAAUUCAGACAGGAGUACAGAAGAAAUUGGAUAUUUUUUUUGGCAAAAGCAAAAAUAAGGCAAGAAGAAGAUUAAAUUCACCCGACAUCAACGAUUGAAUGCCAAACGAAACUUACUCUUUUUUAUUUGUGAAUAAAUAAGUCGACUGCUUCUUUUUCGUGAAUUUCAAUAUUUCUCAACAGAUCUAUAGUUAUAGCUAUAGAGAAACAUACAAAAAAACCCGAACUACCACAUGGGUUAUGUAAUCGACCAUAUGUAAAUUUAAUAUUUAGAUCACCUGGCACACAACAACAACAAAAAAAUUGUGUAUAUGAGUGUAUAUACUUUAACGCUACAAUAGUCACAUUAUUAUUAUUUAAAUAAACAUGAAGAAAUACAGACGAUGGAUUUUAAUACUUACAGCACUUACUGUGUUUGUAGUGGUGAAAGUUGAUGGUCUUAGAGGAACAUCGCUAAUUCAUGCGGGAAAAAAUUCAAAGCUAAAUAAUCAAACAACCAGCAGUAGUUCAACGACAACAACACCAGCGAGUUCAUUAGAUGAGGUACCAGAGGAUGACGACGGUCCUGUCGAUGCGAAUGGUACGAAAAUAGUUUUUACUGGAAUACCACAAAUCGAUUAUGUAUGGGAUCCAAAUUUGCCGAGAGAAUUAAAUGGAUUCAACUUAUCAACCUAUCCGUUUUUGGAUUCAAUGCCAGCCGAGGAGGAUAUAGGCUUUGAUUGUGACGAUAAGAUAAAUGGAUUCUAUGCAUCAAUAAAAUUCGGUUGUCAGCUGUAUCAUCACUGUCUCUAUGGAGUACGGUCGGAUUUUAUAUGUGCAAAUUUUACAGCCUUCGACCAAAAAACAUUCAUUUGUCAUUUUGUGUCAGAAGUUGAUUGUAAAAACUCACACAGAUAUUGGAGUAGGAACGAUGAUUUAUAUAAAGCAACAACACAGAAAUCAACAACAUCUUUAUCGGGUUUAGUGCCAUUAAUCGAUAGAGGAUUCUAUAAUCGAACGAGAUAUUCCUUCCUUAAUAGCCAAUCAUCAACACAGAACAAUAAUAAUAACAAUAGUCCCCAAAACAAUAAUAAUGAUCCACAGAAGAAUUCAGAAAAGUCAUCGAGUAGUAAUAAAGAUGCACCAGCAAGUACCAAUAAUAGUAAUAAUAGAAAUAUCAACAAUAAAAAUACCAAUAAUGAUGACUUUGAUGCUGGAAGACCUGCUCGUCCUUUAAGAAGACCUCCUUUUCGCCGUCGUCGUCCAUAUGAUUACUAUGAGGAUGAGUAUGCAGAUGAUGUUUAUGAAGAAAGAGAUAGAAGACGAAACCGUCCCAGACAACGUCGUCCAAUGUAUGAUGAUUAUGACAACCGCAGGCCUGAAACUCGUCGUCCAUAUUAUGAUGAUUUUGAUGAUUAUGACUACGAGUAUGAUAGACGCCCAAUGAGAAACCGUAAUCGAUCUGAGGCUAGAAACAGUGGUUCAAGAUAUGAUGAACGUCGUGCUGGUGGUACACAUAAUGAAAGUAGACGACGUCCAGCUUAUGAAGAUGAUAGAAGAAGAACUGGCGAUAGACGACAACAACAAGAUGAUAAAGUACGUGGCGAAGAGAGAAGAUUCUCUGAUGAUGAUAGACGUGAUAGAUACGAUGACAAUAAGAACUACAAUAACAGACGGAAUAAUCCAUUGGAUGAAAAUAAGAGAAAGCCAACGGAAACUGGUGAGAGGAAGCAAGAAGAGACAGUGAGUGACGAGAAACUUGUGAAACCAGCUGGAACUGGCUCUAUUUUUGAUCGUAAAAGACCAAUGCCUAAGAUUAAUAGACCCGUGCCAUUGAGUGAGAAGAAUAAAUUUGCAUACAAAGCUACGGAAAGUCCAAAUGCAAAUAUCCGAGACGGAGGCAAAAAUGAAGAUGCAAAUGCUUCCUACGAAUAUGAUGAUAUCUCAGUUUCCAGCUCAACAAGCAGCACAACAUCCAAAUCAAGUGCUGCUCCUUCAACUACGAAGGCAUUCUCCUUUCCAAAAUUAAAACAGCCAUCGUCACUGUCAACAACAGUUAAAACAACAACAACUUUAGCUUCUGUGGAUGAUGGAGCAGAAGUGUACGAAUAUGUGUAUGAGGAUGAAGAUUACGAUACAGCAGUUACGCCAACGCAAAAGCCCAUCAUUGAGAUAUCAUCAAUCAAACCGAAAGAUGAACGUGCUAGUUUGUACAGUAGUCGUGUACGAAAUGAAAAUAUUAUUGCAUCAUCUUUAUUACCGUCCACGACAACAACGACAGCGGCACCAAGUCCUGAUAGUUUUCGAUUAAAUCGAUAUAAAAACGAUAACUCAAAAGAAAGCAUUCAACAGCAGGCAUUUUAUGGAAAACCAUUAGUUCCAUCAAUUAGCCCUAAUGGAAAUACCAACAGUAGAAAGUUUGCAAACAAACAGACUUUCUUUGAGAGUCCUGUGACACAAGAGAUACCGAGCAAGAAAUUUAGUUUCCAAAAUUCAUACAAUAAUAGAAAUUUAGACAAUAAGCAAGAUACUGAGCCAAUAGCUGACGAUAAAGAGCAGCUACAAAAAUCGACUGUAAAGGUAAUUAAACGACCAUUCCUACCCAGUCGAGGUGGAAGUCCAUAUAAGGGAAGAGGUCUUCAACCUGUUGGUAUUCUUGCCGAACAACAGCAUUCACAGGAGAAACAAGAAGAUGAGAAAAACGUAAGUUAUAAUGACGGCAACAGGAAGCAGACAGAAACUCAUAAGUUGACAUUGGAAGACCUUUAUGAAGAGUAUGAUGUUGAUUUGAAUGAUGCAUUAAAUCCAAUGUUGAAACCUUUAACUUCUAGUCGUAACGUCCAAGGAUUUUCUUCCCGCUCAUCAACCGUUGAUGUAAACGACAAAGAUCAUCCACAAAAUGAACAGAAUAGUAAAAUAUUAAGUAAGACGGAUCAUGUUCUAUCAAAGCCAGCAGAAGCAUCAGAAAAAGCCACAACAACACCACUGCCAGAGUAUUAUGAGGACGAGCUUGAAUAUGAUACAUAUGUCGAUGAUGCUGCAUAAAGUUAUCUUCCCUUCCACUAUGAUGAGGAUGUUAGGAUGACUGCAAGAAAUUCUUCUUCCAAAAUGAUGAAUUUUCACUUUUAGUCUGCAUAUGAUUUUUUUUUAUUUUAAUGUACAUAAUUUUUUUUUACUAUAUUCAAGCUCAUCUCUUAAAGUGAUUUUUUUUAAUGUACCGAAUGAAUAUUACGAAAACUUUUUUUUAUCACAAAACAAUUCAUGUCCUUGCUAUAGCUCUAUCUUUUAUUUUUUAUUAUUUUUUUUUUUGUCAAAAAAUAAAACGACGUCAGUUGAUGGAAAUUAUGAUGAUAAUUAAAAGAAUUCUCUCGGUUCAGUUAAUUUUUAAUGAGAAGGAAAAUUCUUUGAGAAUGGAAUGAAUGUUAAGGGUUGUAGAUUCUAAAGGUCAGCUUUGUGGAUACUAGACAAUUUUAGAAACUAGUUUGUUCUAUCCAAAAGUAUCGAUUAAUAAUCAACAACAGCUUUUGGUCGAUUAUACAAAUAAGAUGGUUUUGUUUGAGUUUGGACUGUUAGACUAGAUUAAUUGAUACUAUCCGAAUAGCACAAGUCGACAAUCUAGACGAAAGCCUAUGCCAAGACGAGAAAUUCGCACUUAAGUCAAUUACUCACCUUCGUCUCGAUUAUCCGACUUGUGCUAUUCGGGUUAGG